UGGAUAGGAAUUGCGCCUCUCUACACUCCCAAGGACCCCUUGAGGAUACCCAGAUAUGAAACCCGGCCUCGGCGACUUGGACUGACUCACUCGGCCCAUCGGCUUAGACAAGCAUUGCCCGGAUUUCGCCUCAUCACCGAAGCAACAACACACGGAAGAACCAUCACAGAUCACGCUAUCUCAAUAUGGGAACCCCCUUCAUCUCUUUCCUCGAGCCCACCAAGCUCGACGGCUACGACUGCAACAAACCACACGACCAACAGUCCCCGCACAUCCCGCGCGUCUUCUGCGACGCCAUGGAAGUACGCGAGGCCGUCUUCGUUAAGGAGCAAAAGUUCCCCGCAGAACUCGAGUACGACUCGGACGACGCCCGGUCCUGCCACUGGGUCGUCUAUGCAAGCGUGAACCGGGUGACAGAGCCUGAGCAGCGAGACCCCUCCACCGGCACCAUCGUCCAACUGCGCAAGUCGGAAACCCGCAGCCAACCCAUCGGCACCAUGCGCAUCGUGCCUUUCCCGCACCCGCCUCACCCCAAGCAGGACGGCUGGUACGUGGGUGAUGUCUUACAGUCGCGCGCCGACCCAGACGCCCAGGCUGAGAGCUUGAGCGUGGUCGAGGAGGCGCGUCAGAAUGCCGCGCUGCCGUAUGGCGAGGACCGUGCAACUACAUUCCAUGAUGGGAUGGAGCCAUAUGUCAAGCUUGGACGGCUUGCUGUUAUUCCCGAGUUCCGCGGGCAUAAAAUCUCGGCGCAGUUGUGGGGGGCCGCGCGGACGUGGUUAAAGGAGAACCCGAGUUACUUUGACCCGAGCGUGACUGAGCUUGGCAUGGACGCGCUCAAGGUGGACGCGGCGAGCAGGAUUCCCAAGUGGAGAGGGCUGGUAUGUUGCCAUGCCCAGGAGCGGGUGGUUAAGACAUAUGAGAAGUGGGGAUUCCAGGUCGACGAGGGUAUGGGCAGAUGGUUUGAUGGAGGAAUAACGCAUGUCGGUUUGUUUAUACGACUAGACGUGAAGGAUGUUCCAUCCAAGGUAUGAUUUGCCGUCGAUGAGACUGCUGGUUCUGGAAUUGUACAAAUGGAUCGGAGCACAUCAGAUCAAGACGAUAUGAGACUCGGUUUGAGGAUAGAAAAAUGCAUUAGAUACAGAUGCAAUCACGAAAACUCCAUCACACAAAACGCCCACAGUGGUUGGUCUUGAAAUUCAUUCAGUUUUCAGGUCAUUUUUACCCGUAUCAGAGCAGAGCUGUUCGUCUAAGAGCCCCUAUAUGACAUGAAUGCCCUUAAACCACACCCCGCCUUGAGCCUGUAACGCACAAAUGCAAGUUGUAAAAUGCCCAGAUCGUCCACGCCGAAGAACCCCCAAGGAAACAA